ACUAGUGCUCCUAGGUCCAGUCUGGGUCUGGUCCAGUCCAAGUCUUGUCCGGGAUCGAACCAGACUCAGACUCAAAAUUUCACUAGUUUUGAACUUCAGACCAGACUUAAACUUAAUUAUAAGUUUGGUCCAACUAGUUCAAGUCUGAAUUUAUUGUACAUGUAUAUAUUUAUUUUUGAACUUUGA